CCGCUGUCGGACGUCUGGCUUAUUGUCAGACCUGUCGUCCCUUCCUUACUGCGUCCCUUGUCUACCUAGGUACGCCGAGACAUCCCCGGUUCGAUGGCAGAAUCACGCGAGUCACGCCCGUCCUCAGGCGGCAUGGAGGAGAUGGAAAUAGGGGAGCAAUCUCUACUCAAGAAUUGGUCGAAUAAGGCUUCGAUGUACCAUUCGCGGGUUCCCUAUCUCAAGAAGCUUCCCUUUCCGGCGCUUGCCAUCAUCGCCACUCUCGUAAUCGUCAAUCUUUUGGUCUGGGCUGCUGUAGGUAUUGUACUGCAUUGGCAUACCCCUCUAAUAUCAACUGCAAUCCUCUCUUACACCCUCGGCCUCCGCCAUGCUCUGGACGCCGAUCACAUCUCCGCCAUCGACCUCAUGACUCGGCGCCUGAUAGCCGCCGGCCAACGCCCCGUAACAGUGGGCAUGUUCUUCUCCCUAGGCCAUUCAACCAUCGUCAUCGUCACAUCUCUCGUAGUGGCCGGCACCGCAGCCGCCGUGUCCUCCAAAUUCGACAACUUUUCCCGCAUAGGCGGCAUCAUCGGAACGUCCGUAUCCGCGGCCUUCCUCCUUCUCCUAGGUGUGAUGAACCUCUACAUUCUCUACAAGCUCGUCGUGCAGAUGAAGAAAAUGAUCGCAUCCGAGCCGGGCUCAGAGCACGAGCAGUUCAAAAUCCAAGGCGGUGGCUGCCUCUUUCCGAUCCUGCAGCGGCUGUUUAAACUGAUCGACCGGCCGUGGAAAAUGUACCCACUUGGUGUGCUGUUUGGUCUGGGCUUCGACACCUCGUCCGAGAUUGCUAUCCUCGGUAUCUCUUCGAUCCAGGCUGCGAAGGGAACCACUAUCUGGCUGAUAUUGCUCUUCCCGCUGCUGUUCACGGCGGGCAUGUGUCUCCUGGAUACAACUGACGGCGCGCUGAUGAUGAGCCUGUACACGAGCACACAGCUAGCUCGUGAUCCGAUCGCCAUCUGCUACUACAGCAUUGUCCUGACCGUCAUCACCGUCAUCGUUGCAACCGUCAUUGGCGUCGUCCAGUUCCUGAACCUCGCACUCAAUGUCGCGGAGCCGAGCGGCCCGUUCUGGGAUGGCGUAGAGCGGUUGGGGGAAAGCUGGGACAUCGUCGGCGGAGCAAUAUGCGGUGCCUUUGUAGUCUUUGGCGGUCUCAGCGUCAUCUUGUAUAAGCCCUGGAGACGGCGUAUUGACAAGAAGAGGCUGCGCAAUGCUACCUUUGAACCGCUGCCGCCAAACACGUAUACGGAUGCGGAAACCGACGAGGAUCGGGAAGAUGGAUCGAAGCAAGUCAAGGACGGAGUAAAGGGAGCGGAUGUUGACAUCGAGCCGGUCGAGGCCACUGAUGCCGCGGGUCCAGCUGGCCCGGCUGUGAAUAGAAGAUGACCGGGACAAGGACAUGAUACCGCAGGCCGCUACGUGAAGAAGCACCCCGAAAAGAGUGACAAUGGUAUGUCUGUAACAGCACGCAGCGAAUUGGAUUGAAUGUACAAAUACAAUGAGAAGCCCAGAACAUUCAAUAAGAACCACAGUAUAUAAACCGCAUAC